AUGGGCUUCUUCGACUUGUCCACGGGCAGCGUCAUCUCCGGCCGCUCCUCCCACUCCCGCCGACACUCCUCCCACCACUCCAAAAAGCACAGCAGCAAGCACCGCUCCCGCUCCCGCUCCUCCUCGCGCUCCCGCAGCAAGCGCCACAGCGCACCCAGCAUCGCCGCCUCCAUCUUUGGCGGCGACGACUACAAGAAGAACAACGCGUCGCGCGGCUCCUUUUUCGGUAUUCCCAAUGCUUCGCGCUCGUCGUUCUUCGGCUUCGGCGGUGGUCGCCCCUCGUACUACAAACGCUCCCCGCGAAACGGCUUCGUCCAAAAGACCCUCAAGCAAGUCAAACGCCUCUGGCGCGACCUAGUCUACUACGCCAAAAAGCACCCCUACAAGGUCGUCGCCCUCGUCAUCAUGCCCCUCAUCACGGGCGGCUUCCUUACCGCCCUCCUCGCCCGCUUCGGCCUCCGCCUCCCGCCGGGCAUCGAGCGCAUGAUUGGCAUCGGCGCAAAAGCAGCCUCGGGCGACUCCAUGGGCCUCGUCGGCGAGGCGGUCCGCAUGGCGAGCGGCGGGUUCGGCGGUGGUGCCGCUACUCGUGCGCAUGUUGAGAGGGGGUAUGAUGGGGAUUACUCGUGGGAGAGGAGGAGUGUUGAGCGUGAUGGUGGUGGCGGCGGUGGUUGGGCUGAUGGGCUUAUGAAUGGUGUCGCCAAGAUGUUUGUCUAA